AUGUAUUUUAUUUUGAUAUUGUUGAUUUUAGUAAAAUCAAGGGACACAUUUGACUUGGAGAUUGAUAAAUCAUAUCAAUUUUAUGGGUAAGGAUAUUAAAUGACACAAUACUAGAGAAGUGCCGAAUUCAUGGCUCAGUUACCCAGUCCAAUAAUUUAGACUCAAAAUUCCAUAAGACAUGACCCUAAACGAUAUUUUUGUUUUUAUAAGCAAAUCGAAUGAUACGCGUACAAAUAUUCAAUUACAUUACAGCCAAAUAUAAUCAGAUACUAAGUAAAAUAUGUAUAAGUAGAAACAGUAAACCAUUUAAUGCACAAAUUAUGAUUUAGAUUUAUGCAAAUUUUCUGCAAAAAACUCACAGACCUAUUAUCUUUUCGUGUUUUGCAAAAUGAGUUGCCAUUACCAAAUAAAUGUCUUUACUGAAAACAAUGAUGAUUAUUUAAAUAAUCAAAUAGAGAUCAAAUCUACAAACUGGGAAGAAGGGAAACCAUUAAUGUUGAAUUUUACUAACAUCGAAUAUGAAAGAUUUUACAUAAGAUUAAUUUCAUUAGAGGGGAUAGGUCAAAUAUCUUUGUACAUAAACAUGAAUGAAACAAUUCCUACUGAGGAAGAAUUUGAUUUUCAUUAUGAGAGUAAUGGAAAUUUGCUCCUAUUUCAAUGGAGUAAUUACACCCAUCCUUAAAAGAUGAUUGCAACUCUAAUCAAGAGUAUGGGAUAGUUUCUUGUGGGAUUUGGCACUUAUCAAAGGCAACAUAGGAUCUCCUUAUAUGAAAAAAUAGAGGAUGAAGUAAUAAAGGACCGAGUGAAUUACUAUUAAUUGGUUGUGGAGGAUAUACAGGAUCGUUUAUUGAUCUUUCAAGUUAAUUACAAUGUUGACAAUAUCAAACUCUAUGUGCAACCAUGCAUAGAAGAUAGAUGCUCCAUUAAUUACACAAAUUUUGAAUGGCAAUAUUAAUUUAAUAUAGAAUUUCAUUAGUUUAUCAUUCCAUUUCAGAAAAUGAUUUACACUAAAGUUUAUUUGAUUGCAAUCAAGGGAGUAUCAAAUUCUUCUUUGUACACUUUUGAAGCCAAAAUAAAUCACAAUAUAAGGGAGUCUCUUGGCAUCAAACAUAUUAAAGAAGGUAUCUUAUCAAAGAAUUAGAUUGCUUUGUUUUUAUUGGAUUAUGUUCUUUUUGAUUAAGUAGACAUCACAGUUUAAAUGCUAUUAAAUUAUCCAAAAGGGCAUGGUCUCAUUCUGAGCAAACAAUGUAUUAAGGAUGAGGAAGAGCUUAAAAUAGUUGAUGAUGAGUUUGAGUAUCUUCAACAGGCUGAUCCCAAUAAUUUUUAUAAUUGUUCAAUCACUCAAGAAUAAGCCUCAUUAUAAUAAUCAGAUCUCAUAACAACUGAAAAUAACUUACACAUCUUCUUCAAUUCAUCAGAAAUCCAAUCUGAUGUACCUCAUCUAUGGUUUGAAUUCAUAUCGUAUAAUUUGCACUAUUUAUUUGCAAUUCAAAGUUCUGUAGACUUGAUGAGAUUCUCCAUUGAAGCAAGAUUUUUUUUUUAUCAAUAAAGCGCAGUCACUGUCAAUUAAUAUGAAAUCAAAUACAACCUACUAGCUGAAUCAAACACUGAAAAUUACACAUUAUAUUCAUAUGAGCAAACUGAUUAUGUAGUUUCUAUUUGUAUAGCUAUCUAUUAUGGAGAAUGGAAAACCUAAAAAAAAACAUUUCCUAAUAAAAAAUCUCCUGAAAAGAAGAUAAUUAGAACUUUAGAUUUAGAUGUUACACAAUACUAUACAAAAAGAAGCAAUAAUUAUUUUUUUGAUAUACUGGCAAAAACACGCUUGAGAUACUCAAUUGUGUAGAUUUUCAACGAAAUAUCCAAUUCGCCUAUUAAAUCUAUUUCAUUACAAUUAGCAACUCCACUCAAAACAUUAGACUUGAAUCAUUAGUUUACCUUUUAAAUUAUCGAACAGGCUACCCUAUACGUAAACAUAAAAUCCUUAUAUGGUAACUUUAUAUGUUACAUUCUUAGUAGUAGUAGAAACUUUGGGAAUUCAUUUCCCAAUGAAUAUAACUUUACCUUCACAAGUGACUAACACACUCUUAUUAUUGGAAAUCCCCAAUAGUUUAAUUAUCUAUAUGUAAAAUCAAUUUCACUUGAAGAAGAUGAAUCCUAUCAGAUAAUGUACUAUUAUCACAACUCCUUUUUGGAACUAUUCUUGGCCACCACAUUCUAUGGCUUACUUAAUGACAAUAAAACUCUAUAUUUUUACUACCAAUCGUUUUCUAGACCCUCUCGAUUGUAUAUCAUUAGAACCUAUUUAUCUGAGUACAAUGAUUAAAACAAUCUUUAGAUUUACAUAAGUUUCAAUAAUAAGUGUCCUGAUCAAGUCAAUUUCGAAUACCAAAUUUUGCCAACCUCCAAUUAUAUAUCCAUUCACAAUAGUAUUUCAGGCUCUAUGAUAUAUAUUGGAGUUUACAGCAAGGGGACCAAUAGUUAUUCCCUUUUGAUUCAAGAGGAGCAUUCUGGAAUUGAAUUGAAGGAUAAUAUCCUAUAGACAAGUCCAACCCUUGAGUAACAGAACUAUUACUUUUAUUAUUUUAUUCCCAAGAAUUUCAAUUUCAGCCAUCCUGUUAAGAUUUAAGCAUUUACUAAAUUCAAUUUAAUUGAACUUAUGUGCAAUGUAGUUGAAUUUGAGUUUUAACAUCCUUAGAGAAAACAAUAUCCAACAAAUCAAAAGUACGAAAUCAAAGAAUUAUUCAGCCCGAAUCCAUCCAAUAAAAUGUUAUUCAUAAAUACAACCGAUAAGGUCAUGUGCAAACAAAAUGGAUGUCUCAUAUUGAUAACGGCUUACGUUUUGGGCCAUUACGAUCAUUUCAAUAUUAUGGUAUCCUCCAAAUACACAGUCAUUAGAAAUCUCGAAAUGAUUAUUGGAUAUGCCAGUUCAAAUGUGAUGUCCUAUUACUACUUUGAUAUUUAAGAGCAUAUAAAGGAAAUCCAAUUAUCGAUAAGAGCAAUCCAAGAUUGUGAUUGUGAUAUAUAUGUCUUGAAAUCUAGAAUUAACACCAAGAUUCUCUACCCUUCUGUUGAUUAGUACACUUAUAAGUUUGCUUCAGAUACACUGAUAAUAUCCGAGGAAGACAAUAGAGGUCAUUAUUUCAUUGGAGUAUUGGCACAGGAUUGCACUUUUGAAGUGCUAUUACACCUCGGGGGAUUCUAAUUGAAUUACAUUCAUAAUGGAUAAAUUGUAGAUACGGUCAUAGAGAGUACCAUAUCAUAUUACUAUUUGAAUUAUUACUAGGAACCCUUUCGUAUCAUGAUUUAUGAUAUGAAGAAUAUUAAGGUCUCCAUAAGUGUUGAAAACAACAGCAAAUAAACAGAGGUGGCAAAUACUGAUGAUCUUUUUGGAGGUGUAAUUUAAAUUCAUGAAGAUAUUUGCUAAUCUUGUACUUACAUUUUCACAUUAUAUCCCAUUCGACCAACUGCAGUAUCUUUAAUUCUAACAUAUAAUACUGUUCCUCUACCUAUGAAAUAUGGUAGAACUUAUUAUGACCAUUGUCUGAAUAUAUGUGAAUUUAAUUUACAGCCAGGAGAAUUGAAUUUAUUUAUUUACUCAAAAUCUAUCUAAUUGACUUUUCAUUCUAAAAUCAAUCAGAUAACUAGAAUGGAGUUAACAUACUCCAAUCACAUCAUUCCUAUUAAUGAGACCUGCAUAUUGCGAAUUAUUACGGACUCAUACUAUUCUAUCAAUUUAAACAACCGAGAAUUUCCAAUCACUUUACAAUUAGGUAGAGAAUUCAAUGGUAGAAACACUAUUGAUCAUAAUUAGCAAGUAUUUAUUUUUUCAAUUGAGAGAAUCGAUUAAGAAUAUAUCAUUUAAGUCUCAAGCGGAUCUGAAGUUAUGGUUUAAGUCUACUAUGAUACUGGUACGAAGAUGAUACUUCCCAAAUAAGAACACAGAAUAAAAAAAUCAAAGCACACAUCAAUCUAUUAAUUUCAAGAUAUUGACAAACAAUAUUCAAUUAUUCUCUAAUGUGUUGGUGACUAUUAUGUAUCUGUGAAUGCAUAUAAUAAAAUAAAGUACAUUAAUUUCAACAAUCAUUAUAUGGAAGUGAUCGAGGAAGUCCAAUAAUACAAUGUCUAAGCUAUUUUGGGAUAAGAAUUGCAAUUCGAGAAAAUAGAUUGUUUAGGAAAGACCCAACUGCUGAAGACUUCUUCUUCAAGAGAUACAAUUUUCAAAAUUUAAACUGUGGAUCAAACUUACCCUUUUAAAUUUAAUAUUUUUAGUUUGGUACCUCAUAUUUAAUAUUCCCAUGAUUAAUGGUAUCUUAAGAAUGCUAGAUUUGAAAUCACCAAACUACUGAAUGAUUCUCUGGAAAUUAAUGUCUAUGCAAUGAGAAGAAAAAAGACUGGGAGUUUAAAUUUAAAGAAUUUAAUGUAAAAGUAUUGAGAAUAACUUCUAGUUAUAAAAUGCACUUGUCAGAUCAAGAUUACUUAAUGAGAGCGCUAGGUUGUGAGAUUGACAUCGAAUUUCUGUAGAAUUAUACUGGUAGUUCUAUCUUUUACAAUACUUUUAUUUAUGAAGUGAAAGAGAAUUAAGAGUCAAUAUAAUUUACAGGUAUUCUUAGGUCUAAUUAAUAGUAUCGAUAAAUAGAGAAUUAAUAUAUGGUUUACUUGUAUUUUAAGCUUACUAUGAGAAUUACAGUAUUCCUUAUACUUAUUUUUAUGAUGUCAGUGUCAUAUAUAAUGAGUCUGAGAAGAUGAAGAUUAAAAUGAAAGAGGAGGUGGAGGUAGAAGAUUCGAAAAUAAACUAUAUAUUGGUGGUGUUUGUAAUUAGUUUUUUAUUGGCCGUUGGUUUACUUUGUUUAUGGGUUUGUAUUCCUAAAUAGAGGUAGAGAAGCAGAGAAUUUAAUGAAUAAUAGGAGGAAUAAGAGUCAUAAGAAUAGUAUGAAUUAUAAUAAUUGCAGUAGAAAGAACUAGUUAACACGACGUGA